GCUCUCACUUUUUUUUUUCACCACUUUUCUAACGCCGCUACCACACUUGGUCCUCACCAAAUCAUUUUUCAUCGAUCACACUUGGAUGCAAACAGGUCACCAUGGUAUCUUCUGUGCGACGUUUUUUCUAGAGAGAGAAACAAACCGACACUGUGUGUGUGAAUUUCUUUUGGCGGUCUCUUCGAUGUUCAUCUUCUUACAGUAAUCAUCCGCUAAACGCAACAGAUUUCUCCAUUAAUUUCAUUAGGCAUGGAUUUGACCAGCUGGUAGUUUCGGGAAUAAAUUUCGGGUAUUCAACAUGUGGGGAUUUACUUCAAAGGCCAUUGCGGGUACCUCUGGACUGAAAAAUGAUUCUAUAAGAUCCGAUCAAGCUUCUUUUGACUGCUCAGAUGACGAAACUUCAGAAAGCAACAGCAGAGAUGAAGGUUUUGAGUGCCCGAUCUGCUGCGAAUCCUUUAACAUCGUAGAAAACGUUCCUUACGUGUUAUGGUGUGGUCACACUCUCUGUAAGAACUGUGUACUCGGGUUCCAAUGGGCUGUCGUGAAACUACCAACCCUUCCAAUUCAACUUCCGUUUUUUAUAUCUUGUCCGUGGUGCAACAUGUUAUCAUUUCGGCUCGUUUACAAAGGGAAUCUUAAGUUUCCCAAAAAGAAUUUCUUUCUUCUUUGGAUGGUUGAGAGUAUGAAUGGUGAUCGGAUCAAGUCCCAUUCAUCUUCCUGUGGAGAUCAUGCACCCGUGUCUUCUUGGUCAUGGAAUCAGAUCACCCGGGCUAACGCUACCCAUGAGCCAGAUCAUAUUCAAGAUAUUCGUGCUACAAGUUUUAACAUAAAUAGACUGAACUCAUCUCUUCGUAAAUCGUUGAUCUUUUUUCUUCAGUUAACCUCUAAGUUCCCAUUCGUCUUUAUACUUCUUCUUAUUGUUCUAUAUGCAAUACCUGCAAGUGCGAUCAUCUUAGCUGUGUAUAUUCUCAUUACAAUUCUGUUUGCCGUCCCGUCUUUUCUUGUUUUGUAUUUUGCAUACCCAAGUCUUGAUUGGCUGGUUAGGGAGAUCAUCAAUUAGGGUUGUAAUUGGUUAUUGUGACCCAUUUCCAUCUCCAAAUGUGAAACUUGUUGAACAAACUUUUGUUUAAAGUGAUUUCGAGUCUGUACUUGAAUGUUAAGAUGCCAGUUUAGCUAUAUUUCUUUUGUUUAUGUU